UCUCAACGACAACCUUUUAUAAAAAAGUAGCUGCUACUUAUAUCCACUAAAGAAAGAGAAGCAUCACAAUUCAAAAGGCAAAAAGUGCUUCUUCAAUACGAAUCGCUUAUUCUUCGUCCACGUGGUACUGCACUCCGUCCUUCCCCUCACUCUUUUGCCUCCUUACUUUCAUUUUCCCACCAAUUUCACGUUCCCCUAAACCCAAACCAAACUACCCAAACAAACACCGCAUAAGUCCAAUUUCUAAACCCUUGUUUUCCAUUCUGCCAUUUCACUAUUGCUGAAAAGCAUCAUAAAUUGAAAGUGAUAAGUUAAAGUAACGCAUUUUCUUUGCUAUUAAGCAACAAGCAUUACAUGCAUUGCUGCUAAGUGCUAAGUUUUGUAAUGUAAAUGCAACUGCAUUUGCAUUUGCAUUUCACUUCAAUUUAAAUUACAAUUGCAAUUUCUCUCUCAUUUAGCGCACCUUUUGAUCUAUUUAAAGCUUGCUUCGCAACAUGAGAACCCCAAAACCGUUUCAUUUCAUUUCAUUCUCUCUCCGUAACCGUUUUUCUCUCUUCUUCUUUGCUUUGCUUCUGGAAUCUUCUCUGGUUCUCACUUCGCUUUCGCAGGAUUUGAUCAGUUGCAUUCACAAUUUUCAAUGGACAAAAGCUCAAUGGACUCUCCUGGCAGCAAAAGUGCCAAACGGCCAUGUAUAUCGCCAUCAUCUCCUGAUACUGCACCUAAAACUAGUAUAGGAAACCAGAUCUUCUGUAACCGGCCACUGUAUAUGAAGAGCAUUAAGGCUGUGGGAUUUGACAUGGAUUAUACCUUGGCGCAAUACAAGGUUGACACUUUUGAAUCCCUCGUUUAUCAACAGACAGUCCAAAAUCUGGUUUGUAAAUACAACUAUCCUAGUGAGCUACUUAGUUGGGUAUUUGAUUCAGAUUACAUGGUUAGAGGUUUGGUUAUUGACAAAAAGGAAGGCAACAUCUUGAAGAUGGAUUGCUACAAAUAUGUGAAAGUAGCUUAUCAUGGAUUUAAAGAAUUGUCAAAAGAAGAGAAACUUCUGAUCUAUGGAAAUACUUUAGUAUCUACUUCUUAUGAUCAGCCAGAGUAUGCUCUAAUUGACACACUCUUUUCACUUGCUGAAGCCUACUUGUUUGCGCAGCUGGUUGAGUUUAAGGACAAAUAUCCUGGGAAGUUUUUAAAACCCGUUGAUUAUGCAUGUCUCUACAAAGAUGUUCGAAAAGCAGUUGAUUUGUGCCAUCGAGAUGGAACGUUGAAGCAAAAGGUUGCAGAGGAUCCCAAAAGGUAUAUCAAUGAAGACAAGUCAAUAGUUCCCAUGCUUAAAGGGCUUAGAGAGUCUAAUCGAGCUACAUUUAUGGUGACAAACAGUUUAUGGGACUAUACAUGUGUUGUCAUGAAUUUCAUCUGUGGAUCCAGUGCGGUGAAUGACGGUACCAAAUUUGACUGGCUUCAAUACUUUGAUGUUGUCAUCACUGGCAGUGCAAAGCCGAAUUUUUUUAAGGAAGAUAAUCAUGCUAACCUGUUUGAGGUUGAGCCUGAGAGUGGAAUGCUCAUUAAUACAAAUGAUGGCUCUCCUCUGCUUCAGGUGGGUAAUAUCAUAGCAAGGGUUUCAACAAAAGAUAAGAGCAGUGCUCGUAAGGUUUUUCAGGGUGGCAAUGUCGUUCAUCUGUAUCCUCUACUUGAAAUAGAAGCAAGUUCACAGGUUCUAUAUGUUGGGGAUCACAUUUAUGGAGAUAUACUGAGCAGCAAAAAAACUCUUGGUUGGAGAACAAUGUUGGUAAUCCCAGAACUUGAUAGGGAGGUUCAACUCCUCCGGAAAUUGAAGAAAAAUUGUGAGAAUGUUAGAUCUCUGAGGAGCGGUUGUAUUGCUCUUGAGGAUCGGUUACAUUGUUUGAAUACCAACCAGAAAUCAAAUCAUGAUGAAAAUUUGAAGCAUGAAAGAGACAAGAUGCGAUUGAAUUAUCAAACAUCCCUAAGCGAACUACACAAACAGUUUCACCCGAAAUGGGGACAACUGAUGAAGGCUGGUUAUCAGAACUCUCGUUUUGCUCAUCAGGUUGAGAGAUAUGCCUGCCUUUAUACAAGCCAAGUAUCUAACUUGGGCUUGUCCUCUCAGAACCAAUACUACAGACCCAAUGAAGAUAGUAUGCAACAUGAAUAUGCCAUUAUGGACAAAGUCGAUGCUAAUUAGAUUUUAGUUUUGUUGGAUGCUUUACUUGAAUGUCAAUGAUAGCAAUUGCACUUAUGACUUACCGACUUUAUUAGGUUUUAUCAUUUUGAGAUACUUAAUACUUGAAUGUCCAUGAUAAUGAUUGCGCUAAUUGAGUUUAUUUGGUUUUGCACAUA